ACCUCGGUUUCUUCUCUCAUCUCUCUGUGCAUGCUACAACAGAAUUUUGCAAACAAAGCUUAAAAUCAUCCGUUAGUGACACUCAAAAGUAAUACAGGCGAUUGCUUUCAUAAUGGAGACGUUACCUACACAAGAUGUAAUGGAUGGCGAGUACAGUGAGGAAGAGGAAUGCUCACAGGAGUCUGGUGCAUGGGGAAGGCUCUUUCCCCUUGGAGAAAGUUUUAUUGCAAUGGAUUUAAACAAAGAAGAGUACUCAUUUGGACGAGGGGAGAAUUGUGAUGUACCAUUUAACAAUAAUGGGUCAAAGAAGCAUCAGUGUUUCCAGGCCUACAGCAAGGUUCAUUUCAAAAUCCUACGACAAACCACUACCACAGGAGUUCACGUGUUUCUUGAAGACUUUUCCAGCAAUGGCACAUUUAUAAACGGAGACAAAGUUGGGAAAGGAAAUAAACAGGUGCUUGCAAACAAUGAUGAAAUAGGUCUAGCUCUAAAGAAAAAUAAAGCAUUUAUGUUCAUGGAUCUGGUUGACGCCAACGACAGUGAUAUCCCAGACGAAAUUAAGGAGAGGUAUACUCUCACAAAAACAUUAGGCAGAGGAGCUUGUGGGGAAGUGAGGCUGGCAUUUGCAAAAGGCUCUUGUGAAAAGUUUGCUGUCAAAAUCAUCACCAAGAAGAAGUUCACAACAGGGGGAAAACAUGCUGUGAAUUUGAGUAAGCAAGUUAUGAGUGAAGUAAAUAUAUUGAAGGCAUUAAAACAUCCCUGUAUAAUAGGUAUUGAAGACGUGAUAGACACACCCGAGGUUUUGUACAUAGUCUUGGAAUUAGUGGAGGGAGGGGAACUGUUUGAUAAGGUUGUCAGUCUCAGCCAGUACGAUGAGCCAACCGCUAAACUCCUCUUUUACCAGAUGUUACUUGCCUGCAAGUAUCUUCACGAACAGGGUAUUACACAUAGAGAUUUAAAGCCUGAGAAUAUCCUCUUACAAUCAGAUGAAAAGGAGACAUUAAUAAAGAUCACAGACUUUGGUUUGUCAAAGUUUGUUGAUGCUGGCUCAAUGAUGAAAACGUUCUGUGGUACGCCAACCUACCUCGCCCCAGAAAUCCUGAUCACCGCUGGAUCAGGCACAUACACAAAGGCCAUCGAUGCUUGGAGUCUCGGGGUUAUACUGUUUAUAUGUUUGGCAGGUUACCCCCCAUUUUCUGAUGAGCGGAAGGACAUGGACCUACCCAAACAGAUCAUGGGCGGCCACUAUACCUUCCCUAAACAGUACUGGAAAGGAGUCUCUGAAGACGCCAUAGACCUGAUAAAGAAACUGAUGACUGUGGACGCAGCCAAGAGGAUCACGCUGGCAGAUGCCCUUCAGCACCCCUGGUUCAAGGAUGAGGAUAUGAAGGUGAAGUCUCAGAAGCUCAUGUACCCGGACCAGGACGUGAUGGGACCGCCAUCAACUAAGCCCAAGUCUUCUCCAAAGAAGCGACCAAUGGCACCAUCAUCAGAUGAACCGGAGGCCAAGAGGCGGGGAUCUUGUGACACCAAUUCCCCUCCCACCACCCCAACCACCUGAAGUGGACCUGCCAUACCUCUCAUAUAACUUGAUUGUACAGACCUGGCCAAUUCUGAGGGUUACAUGCAUUCUCUCUGUUUAAAUUCAAAUUUAGCAGCAUUUUAGAUUAUAUACUUAAGUUUUUGAACAUGAAUUUCUGAUAAUGUUGAAAUUGCAAGAAACUAGUUUAUGAUGUUGAAUGUAGAAUAAUGUUGAAUGUAAAAUCAUGUUUAUGUUGACUAUUGAUCUGUUCUUUUAGGGAAAUCAAUGUUGCAAGUUUUAUUUUCCUACAUGUUAAACUUUGGUAGGCAAAUGUUUGAUUUUUGGUUGUUUUUACGUUACUUUAUUUAAAUUUUGUGACAUUUAUUUGGUGGCAGCUGCCAUAUUUUCUACAUUUUUUUCAUUUGUUAUGAAUAUUUUUGAAGCUGUGCUUCAUAGCCUUUGAUGGACAUGGUUCUAUGGUCAGGACAUGGUUCCAUGAUGAUGAUUUUGAACAAAAUAAAAUGUUCUCUAUUUGUUGUGAAAGUUGGUGUCAUUGGUGGCAGUGUCAUGCAUACAUAUGAAACUUGGUACACAAUGUCGAUGUUAGUUACCAGCAACAUUUGGCCGAUUGUCCAGUACUUAAGUUAACGACGUGAUUACGAACAUCAUUUUUAACUUUUUAAAGGUAAAAUAUUUCAUGACAUGUUCAUAUAUUUAAACAAAACGAGUACAACUGAAAGCUUGGCUAAAAUCUUGUUGAAGACAGCAGAUCAGAUGUGUAUCCAUGAACCUUUCAGAGCAGUAAAGAUAACAAACAUGACAUUAACAACAUUGUUAACUGGAACAAAGUUCUGAACAAUCAGUCAGAUAUGCCCAUGAUUUAUGUAGUAAGGCCCAAAACUGUGGUUUUGGUAAUAGUGAAGUUAUGUCCCUUGGUUACCUGGGGAGAAAACAGAAAAUUGGUUACAAGUAUUGGUGUAUUUCUUGCUAUAGUUCCAUUUCUGAAAGAACAAUUCUGCUUGCUUUUAGUGUUUUAAUUUAAGUAAACCCAGUAUUCUUGUAUCUUUUUAGAUUUUAUUUUGGUAUUUUUGUUCUUUUGUACAUUAUUUUAUUUUUGUAAAAUACUCUAAGAUUCAUUGUUGGUGUCAGAGGCACACAGUUUAAAAUCAUUAAAAAACGUUAGAAGUGUUCCGUUUGCUGAUAUUCUGUUAGAAAGACAUUUGCAUUUAAUCAACUAUCACAUGUUUAUUAUCUAUGUUUCUUGAACAUUUUGUGUUUCAUUUGAGGACCAUAUUAUAAUUGUGAUAUAUUAUCAUGUCUUACUGUAAUUGUUUACAUCUCUUGUCUUGAUGUGUUUUAAAAAUGUAGUAAAUGUGAUUUUACAUCACACA